AUGAGUGCUCUUCUUCAAUAUAAUAAAAUAACAUACGAGUGUACUUGUGGAAAAUGGCGAACACUUCCGGAUCUUUUUUUCUGUAGGCAAUGCUUUAAAAUUAAAUGCGAUGACUGCAGCUGUAGAGAAAUUGAUGUGAUUUUCUGUCCACGAUGUCUCGAACCGUCGAGUCCGCCAGAUGCAAGACUCAAGAAGCAUCGUUGCACGAAUUGCAAUGAUUGCCCGAACUGUGCGAACGUUCUGAGUGCGAGAACUGAAAAUGAAAAGUGUUAUCUGCUCUGUCAACAUUGUCGUUGGUCAUCUCGAGAUGCUAAUCAAGAAGAUCGAGAUAAUAUUCGUUCGUGGCCCUCAAAAGAGAACCCGUUUGCCAAUGAACUUAAUGAAGUGACGGCGUAUAUGAAAAGGCUAGAGAAGAUUGAGAAUGCUCCGAAAGAUUUAAAGAAAGGAAAGUCGAAAGCGUGGUCAGCUUUCCAUCUGAAAGACAAGUUCGGUGUUCAGCAAAUGGUUGAGAAGAGACGAAAACAAUUAGUUCCAGAAGUGAAUCCCAUCGAUGUUCACGCUCCGACGGAGGCACCCACCCUCGAGGAUGAAAUGAAAGGUCGUUCAGAUGUACUUCGAACGCUUGAUCAAGUAAUUAUGCAACCACUGACUAAUUUAUCAGAAUCCCUUCUCCCAGUGAAAGUUGCAUUACAAGGAAGAGUUUUGGUCAGAUGUGAUGAAUGCGAAAGAACUCUUGUAAAAAGAGAUUUCGGUGUCGCCACCUAUAAAUUCAAGAUAUCAUCAUUCGCUCGAGAAUUCGUUCCCGAUAUCAGGCUGUCCCGUCCGAUCGGUGAACUUAAAGUUGGACAAACGUCCCACGUCCUGCUCUCUAUCACAAACCUGUCGCUGUCUCCAUUAGACCUAACUCUCACUCCUCAAUCUGGAGAAAGAACCAUUCAAUGUUCCAGUGAUCCUAUCAAGCUAGUUCUGCCAUCUCCAAGAAGUGCUGAUUCUGCUGCUCCCGGUGUUCAUGCAGAACAAAGUGAUGUCAUCGUGUUCCGCCAGCAUAAUCGUGUUGGUCUCCGAUUGGAUGUGAUCCCUUCGGAAUCUGAUCUUUCUUCUCCUGUAUUAGAUCUUCUCAUAACUUACAGCCAGGAUGGUUCAUUCAGUCAUCUUGCUGCUAGUGAAAAAAUACUCAAACCAGAAGAAUCUGGUGUCGACCGAAUUCUUUCUGCUCGUCUCAGAAUAGACCUCAACUAA